AUGUCGUCUUUGUCCUUCCCCGUCCCUGCUGUCGAUGGUGAGGAUGACGAUGAGAACGUCGACGAGUUCAACGGCUUCGACGCACUGAGCGAGUAUGAUGCCAGCGUGACGGAGAUCGACGAGGAGGAUGAAAAGGCCCUCGCUGCAUUCAUGUCCAAGGAAACCUCCUCCAAACGAUCGCUUGGUGAUAUCAUCCUCCAGAAGAUCAGAGAGAAGGACGCCACUGUCUCAACAUGUAAGCAUCCAUUCUCGACUCUGAUGUUUCUUAUUUAUUGA